GAGAAGAAGGACGAGACGACACAGCACAGACAUGAGAAGUAGAGAAAGAUACUAAAGGAAGAGGAAAAUUGCAUUUAAUCAAAGUCACAAGUCGUCAUGCGUACUUGGCAUGACAGAGGCGCACUGUUGGCGUCCCCUGCAGCUCCACUCUGCGCUUUAUUCUGGCUAUUCGCACAUUAAGCCGUAACUAAGUAGUAGUAGUAGUAGUAGUAGACUCAACUUUUUCCAGAAAGGUAUUGUGACAGACUUGUGUACUUCUUCUCUGCAGAAAAGUCUGUGAACCCGCCUCAAAUGAAUCAGAAUAUGCGCCUUUAGAGAAGACCAUGGCGGACAGAAGGACGUUUAAUGUUGUAAUUUUAGGUGUUGGAUUUUUGUUUAUUUUCACAGCUUUCACGACAUGCGGGAAUGUAGAGCAAACGGUGGUAAAAAGUCUGGGGAAUGAAAGUUUUUCUGGGAGUGGAUAUUACAGCCUUGGCAUCAUUUAUGGGAUAUUCUCCUUCUCAAAUCUGCUUGCACCAACUGUUGUGGCUGUUAUUGGUGCAAAACACAGUAUGUUCCUGAGUGGCCUUCUUUACAGCGGGUAUAUUGCUGUAUUCAUCCUCCCAUUCACGUGGUCCUUUUACUUGACCUCAGUCCUGAUUGGCAUCGGAGCGGCCAUGCUGUGGACGGCUCAAGGACAGUUCCUGGUGGAGAAUUCGGAGGCCUCUACCAUCAACAGAAACACAGGGAUGUUCUGGGCUCUGCUCCAGUGCAGCAUGAUAUUUGGCAACCUCUACAUUUACUUUGAAUGGAAUGGAGCAACAGAAAUUACAGACGGCAGUAGGAAGAACGUGUUCCUGUCUCUACUGGUGGCCUCAGUUUUGGGGACGUUGAGUUUUCUGGUUUUGAGACAGAGCCUCUCAGAGGAGGAGAUGCUCUCAGAGGAGGAGGGACAGUCACUCCUGUCAACAAGAAUGAGGUAUAAACACAGAGCCAACAGCGCAAUGCAAGACGCCAAGGCUGAGUUCAAAACCAUCUUACAACUUUUGAAAAGCAAGACCAUAGUUCUCCUGAGCCCCUGCAUGGCAUACAGCGGAUUGGAGCUUUCCUUUUAUAGUGGCGUGUAUGGGACUUGUAUUGGCGCGACUACACACUUCGGAAGAGCUGCCAAGGGCUUGAUUGGGAUUUCGGGGAUUGUAAUAGGCGUCGGAGAAAUCGUGGGAGGAGGAUUCUUCGGGCUACUGUGCAAGAACAAUCGCUUCCGACGCACCUCAGUGGUCUUCCUGGGAAUGGUGGUGCAUUUUGUUGCGUUUUAUUUGAUCUUCCUGAACAUCCCGGCCGACGCUCCUGUAGUCUUUAAAACAACCACUCAAAUGAGCCCCUAUCUGUCUCCCAGCGUUUCCAUUGCCCUGCUGUGUAGCUUCCUCCUUGGACUCGGGGACAGUUGCUUUAAUACGCAGCUCUACAGUAUCUUAGGACGAGUUUAUGCCGAGCAGAGCACACCCGCCUUUGCCAUCUUCAAAUUCAUCCAGUCAGUGUUUGCGGCCGUGGCGUUCUUCUACAGCGGUCACCUCCUGUUGAUGUGGCAGCUCCUGGUCAUGGUGGUCCUGGGCUUCUCUGGGACUCUUUGUUUCUUUAUGGUGGAAAGGAUGCAGAACUUCACCGCAGACUUACAGGAGUAUUAACACUAAACAUAGACUUAUAAUAAUGCCAUAGGACAACUCAAGCCUGCUGAUGCUGUACUUUUUAGAACUUGAAUUUGUAUAUUGGAUUUGGCUGUUGUGUAAAUCAAUCAGGGCAUAAUAUUGUAGCAAAAGUAGUCACAAAUAGUCCACUGCAGAUAUGAAUAGGCCUCGAUGAGCUAUGAAGUGACUACUGACCAUACACACAAAAUGUAUUAAAAAGUUGCACUAUGUAAAUUUCUGGAGGAGGGUCAGCCAUAGAGACGUUGAGCUUUGCCUGUAAUGUUCCACACUAUGGCAAUAACCUGUCUAUCACUAUAGAGACAAGCAGGUAAUGCCACUAGGCCAAGUCAUUGGUCAGAUCAGUGGAGAGGUGAUCAUUCUCAUUGUAAACAUGUUUUCAGUGUAUUUUUGAGCAGUGAAAACAUAUGUUAUAAUUGUCAUACUAUGGAACAUGUAAAGUGGUAACAUCUCCAUAGCGACGAGAGUGGCAAACUACCCAUGCAUCAGAAAAGUUACAUACACAGUACACUUCAAUCUAUUUCAGAAACUUUAUUAUAAAAUGACAGUAUUGCGUUAUGGUCAUGUUUAUGGUUUUUUUUUGUUUUUUUGUUUUUUUUAUCUUUGUCUCAUAUUAACGUCUUAUUAAAAAUUGUGUUUAAAGGUUCUAUAUUACACAAAACUGACUCUUGUGAACUUAAAACCAUGCUAUAAUACUGUUUCCUCCUCAAAAACAUACCUGGAGUUGUGUUUUGUUUCAUUCACACAUGUUUGAGUAACACUUUAUUAUUAGUGUCUAUAACACUCAACAACUUAAAAUGUUCUUUUGCACCUUGUCAUGAAGCAGAAGUUUUCAUAUUAACAGCUACCAUUUACCUUUUGUUCAGUAAAGAUUGGCAGUUCCAGGGCUGGAAAUAUCCAAAUGAUUUUAGUGAAGGUGUAUGGAGUUUAAAAACUCAGUGUAGCACUUCCUGUUUUACAACAUGACAUCACAAGGUGGAACAGUGUUUCUGUUUUAGAGACACACAGCCUAAAUAUGCAGGGUUGGUGUUAAACAUGUGUGAGUGAAGCAAAACACAACUUCAGGUAAGUUUUUGAUGAGAAAUUAUUAUUAUUGAUUAUAACAGAGAUCAGAAAAUAGUGUAAUAUGGGCCCUUUAAGUCUAUGAGGAAAAUGAAUGAAAAGUUAGUUCAGUAAAGCAGUAACCCGUGCUCACUGUUAAAUUAGGUCGAUGGUCAUAAUCUUAUGCUGGAUUUGUGUAAAGAUUCAUUCAAAGGACUAUUUUACACUUUCAACAUAGUGGUUUAUCUAAGGUAAUAAUCACUACUGAAUUUCUUGUAUUUGCACAACAGACUGCCUUGUGUAAGUUUAUCAAAACAACACUUAUUCUCUGUUACUCUUAAAUCAGCUAAUUUAAGGUUUGGUGCAUAAUAAUAAUACAAGAUAAUAGCUCUGUAUCACUGUCAUUAACCUUCAGGAAAGUAAGCUUGACAAUCUCAACUUUUUAUGCAUAAUUUGAAGCAAUCUUCUCUUCAUUAAUAAAAUAUGCUUUUAAACCAUGUAUUGUUUGCUGGGGAUGGGUAAACAAAUUUACUCGGCAUGCGCCCUGAAAAUUGUUGUGUUUUUUGGGUUGCCAGAAAGCACCUCUUAUGUAAACUCACACGUCAAUCACUACAUUGUGCAUAUCCUGGGUUGUUUCUGUUAUAUGUUAUUUAAGAGAAAUGUCAAGGCUUGAUUUUUAAAACAGCGUGGUGUGACUGUACUUACUGUGAAGUCACCCGAUUUAUGCAAAAAUCCACUCUGCCAUUAAUCAAAAGUGGAGCUCUAGUUGGGAAAGAAAAGGUUAUAGGCCCACGGGUACCACAUUACUUCACUGGUAAUUGAAUAUUGAUCACAUUAUAAUGAGAGUAAGCACUUUUGCCUGAUCUUAAGUCAAUUGUGCCACUUAAAUGACAAACAAAGCACUGA